AUGCGGAGUUUGAUUUCUUCGUUCGAAGGAUUUUGGAACUGGGUGAAAGUAGAAGAAGUUUCCAUUUUUUCCACGCACCUGAAUUUAAUGUCGUCUAGGACUUCGGAUCUUAAAGAUCUUGCACCUGUGUGCAUUAUGCCAGCAGAAAAGCAUGGAAAAAGAUCCCGCCAAGCACCCCUCGAAUCAGACCUAAUGUGUUGCAUUAAUGAGUUGCCAGAUGAAAUGCUAAUGAAUAUUCUGUCAAACCUGGAAGUGAAAGAGGCAGCAAAAACAUCAGUGCUUUCUCGUAAAUGGAGGAAUCUCUGGACAUUCUCUGCGAAUUUGGAUUUUGAUCGGACAUGGAAGAAGCUCUGGAAAAAGCUAUGGGAAAAUUUGGAAAUUGAUGUGAGGGACCUGUGGAUGUUGUACAGCGAUACCAAAAGGCAAAAACAUGGAGUACACAAGUUUAUGGAAAGUGUGAGUAAUGUGUUGGAUAGACACAGAGGAUCAACCCUGGAUCGGUUGAGGAUUGCUUUUAAUAUGCAUUUCUAUUGCCCUUGUAUUGAACAGUAUGUGGCUAAAUGGGUUGAUUUUGCUCUUGUUAAACGUGUUCGGAUCCUAGAAUUAGACCUAACUUCUGCUUCCGGAUCUGAUGUAAGCGAGAGUGCCUGUGCUUUUCCAUCUUGGUUGCUGAGUAUUCCCCUGGAUUUGCCCUGCUUUGACAGACUAACUGCCCUGUGCUUGAAUUCAGUUUCGAUAUCGGAUGCUGAACUUGCAUACUUCUUGUCAUCAUGUCCGUUGCUCGAGCAAUUAUCCGUGCGAAAUGCCAGAGGUCUAAAAAAUGUGAGAGUUUCUGGUGUAGCAUUGACAUUAAAUCGCUUGGAGAUAGGGUCCAACUAUGUUUGUGACCAGCUGGAGAGUGUCGAGAUUUGUGCUCCAAAUCUCACAUCCUUUAAAUAUGGAUGGUGUCGAGAACCAACUGUGAAAAUGUGCUUAACAGAUGUUCCUAAGCUAGCUUGGAUUUCCCUGAGGAAUUCUUCAUGUGAACAUUCAAUCGUCAAGUUUCACAAUGAUCUGUGUCUCUCUCGGAUGAAGAAAUUAGAAUUGGAUCUCCGGAGUAUGGAUCAUGACCGAUGCUUACAAUUUCCAAGAAGCUUUCCAGAACUCAACAACCUUGAGGACCUGGGACUUAAAUUCAUAGUGCGAGAAGACGAAAAUCUCCUAUUUCUGAAUUCAAUUAUAGCUGCAUCUCCAUGCUUGCAGAAGUUGACAAUGGAGGUACACGUACGCCUUAACUAA